AUGGCAUCAAUCCAUUUUCUUCCGCAAUCUCUUCCCCAUUACUCCCACAAUUCACUAACCCACUACAAUAUUUCCUCCAUUUUCUUCUCCUCUAAACUUCCCCACAGAAAAAACCCACUAAAAUCCUCCAGCAAUGACCACUCCACCACCACCCAAGAACCCCCUAAAACCUCACCCCGUGGCCCCAAAAAAUCAUCAAGAACAGCUAAAAAAAGCUCAAAAUCCCAAAAAGAUUCAAACUUUGAAACCAACAUUGAAAAAUCCAACACCCAAAUGGAAUUCUCAAAAAAUGCUGAUGACAAGAUUGAAAAUUAUGAUGAUGGGGUUGAUUUUCCAUACCCAAACCCACCUUUAGUCAUCUGUUUUGGUGCAGCACAGAAGGAGUUUGUGCCAACAGUGAGAGUAUCACAUGAGCAAAUGCACCAAGAUAAGUAUUCAGAGUGGAAAAUGUUACAGUGGAAUCCACCUGAAUUUGUUAGAGCUCCUGGUGGGCCACCUUCUAAUGUUGCUAUAUCUCAUGUUAGGCUAGGUGGUAGAGCUGCAUUUAUGGGUAAAGUUGGGAAUGAUGAGUUUGGUCAAGAAAUGGUUUUGUUAAUGAAUAAAGAGAAAGUGCAAACUCGGGCGGUUAAAUUUGAUGAUAGUAUGAGGACUGGAUGUACUCGUAUGAAAAUUAAGUUUGAGAAUGGGAAAAUGAAGGUGGAGAAAGUUAAAGAGCCUGCUGAGGAUUCUUUGUUUAGCUCCGAAUUGAAUCUUGAUGUGCUAAAAGAGGCCAGGAUAUUUCACUUUAAUUCUGAAGUCUUAACAUCUUCAUCUAUGCGUUCUACUCUAUUUAAAGCAAUUUCAUUGUCAAAGAAGUUUGGUGGCCUUGUAUUUUUUGACUUGAAUCUACCGUUGCCCUUGUGGAGAUCACGUGAUGAGACCAGAAAUUUAAUCAAGGAAGCCUGGGAACAGGCUAACAUCAUUGAGGUCUCAAGGCAAGAGCUUGAAUUUCUUCUUGACGAAGAGUAUUACGAGAGGAAAAGGAAUUACAGACCUCAAUACUUCGCGGAGAAUUUUGAACAAACCAAACAAAGAAGAGAUUAUUAUCACUAUACUCCUGAGGAAAUUGCCCCCUUAUGGCAUGAUGGACUGAAACUUUUGUUUGUUACAGAUGGGACACUUAGGCUUCAUUAUUAUUCUCCUUCUUUUGAUGGCGUUGUGGUUGGUACAGAAGAUGUUCUCAUAACACCAUUCACUUGUGAUAGAACUGGUUCUGGUGAUGCUGUUGUUGCCGGAAUAAUGAGAAAAUUGACGACACAACCGGAAAUGUAUCACGAUCAAGAUGUUCUGGAGAGACAGCUUCGCUUUGCAAUUGCUGCGGGCAUAAUAUCCCAGUGGACAAUAGGUGCUGUUAGGGGUUUUCCCACUGAAAGCGCCGCACAGAAUCUCAAAGAGCAGGUCUAUGUACCAUCGAUGUGGUAGUGUCAUAAUGCCAAUUCCCAGACACUGUAUGUUGUAGCUGCUACUGCAGAUCUUGUUGUAAUUAAUCCUACACUUCACAAAUAAUAGGGUCUUAAGGAAGUAGAUUCAGGAUUAUAGACCAAAUUGAAACGAAGAUGCAUAUCGUUUUUGUGGGUGCAUGAUCUUUGGAGACCAGUCCAUUUGUACUUGAACUGUGAUCAGCCAGGAGUCAUAUUAAUUAUAUUGUGCAUCGCAUGGGUAAAGGAUGCCAUUAGAUUCUAUGAUCGAAUUUUUCACCAUUA